GCAGCCGCCGCACGCGCGCUCACGGACCGAACGGAUCUCGCGGGCUGCACGCGACGACCGCCGCAGCUGCAGCAGGACCGUCACCGCAUCAGUACACUGCAACAGUGAUCACCGACCGACGACGACCGCGCAAGGAGGUUGCACGCGAAAUAUUAUUGAUAAUAAACGACAUUAUUGUUAUUGUUUGCGACGACGAUCGCGCGUACGUCUGAUCGCGGGCAUGCUUUUGCCGUCGGACAUGUUGGCCACGCAAUCUAAGAUGUUGUAUCAGCUGAACAAGUACUGCGUGGAACGGGUUGAGACCAGGAAGACGGCCACGGCCAAAGCGGUGCGGGAGGUGUGCAAGGUGGUGCAGACGGUACUGCACGAAGUGGAGGCCCAGGAGCCGCGAUUCAUAUCGUCGCUGGCCGAGUGCAACGGCCGAUACGAGGGCCUGGAGGUGGUGUCGGCUACCGAGUUCGAGAUCGUGCUCUACUUGAACCAGAUGGGCGUGUUCAACUUCGUCGACGACGGAUCGCUGCCCGGGUGCGCGGUUCUCAAGCUUAGCGACGGCCGCAAGCGGAGCAUGAGCCUAUGGGUCGAGUUCAUCACGGCGUCCGGAUACCUGUCAGCCCGCAAAAUUCGAUCCCGGUUCCAGACGCUAGUGGCGCAGGCGUGCGACAAGUGCGCUUACCGGGACUCGGUCAAGAUGAUGUCGGACACGGGCGAGGUGAAGCUCCGGAUCCGGGACCGGUACGUGGUGCAGAUUACGCCGUCGUUCAAGUGCGCGGGCGUGUGGCCACGGUCAGCCGCCCACUGGCCGGUGCCACAGCUCACGUGGCCGCACCCCAACCUCAUCGUCCAGGUAAAGACCGAAGGAUUUGACCUGCUGUCCAAGGACAGCGUCAUCAUGCACGGAAAGCAGAACUCGAUGGAGGGCGACGCGUGGGUCAUGUCGUUCACAGACGUCGAGAACCAGCUCCUAUACGGCGGCUGCCGGAAGCGAUGCCUGAGCAUACUUAAGACGCUCAGGGAUAGGCACCUCGAUUUGCCCGGUAACCCGAUCACCAAUUAUCACAUUAAGACGCUGUUGCUGUACGAGUGUGAGAAACAUCCGCGGGACGCCGAGUGGGAAGAGACUGGUAUUGCGGACCGCAUCAACGGCAUACUGUUGCAGCUCAUCUCGUGCCUGCAGUGCCGCCGGUGCCCGCAUUACUUCAUACCACAUCUGGACCUGUUCAAGGGUAAGACCCCAGCGUCUCUGGAGAGCGCGUCCAAGCACGUGUGGCGGCUCAGCCGAGAGAUACUCACCAAUUCUAGGGCCUUCGAUAAGCUCUGAGGGGUUUCGCGGCGCGACGUAUUAUAUUAUAUUACAUACCUAUAACAUCUGUGCAGUACAGUGAAACCUUCUUAAAUAUCGCAAACUCUCAGUUCCGCUAAAAGUGUGUCCGCUAUAUUCGGAGAUGUAGUCAGAAGAGGUUUCGCUGUACAUUUUAUCAUCGCAUCGCGUCGCAUAAUAUUUAUAUAUUUAUACAAGUAUUAUAAAUUUUUUUAUAUACUUUAUUACUAAGCUAGUCAACGUGUUUUCGUCAAUUGCUGAAAUCGAUAAUUAAUAUAAUGUUCUAUGUGUUAUUUGAUUAUUAGAUAUAAAUGUAUUGCUACCGCCCAGAAAGAUCUCUCGAAUCGAUAACAAUUAUCCUCUGUAGUUUUAGUAGUUUAUAUGCUAUAAAUAUAGUAUGUUUAAGUAUCCUAUAUACAUCAUAUAUGUUAUAAACUUAUAAUCACACGUAAUCAUCACUUGAAUGAUUUAAAAGGAUACGUUUACUGUAUUAUAUUAUACUAUAUCGUUAUUAAUAUGUCUAC